CCGAAUGAAAUAAGCCAGAGAAGAAGAAUGAAGCAGCAAUCCAAGGACCCAUUCGAAGCCGCGUUCGAGGAGCAAGACGACUCACCGCCCGAUUCUCCGGCCGCCUUCGACGCCAUACGCGCCGCCCUCGACGAAGACUAUGACGAGGGUCUCCCCCCUGAAGACCCACCAUCCUCAUCCACACCAUCAACCGCCGCAGCAGCAGCAACCACCACCACAACCACCGUGGCCACUGUAACUCCCGCAACCAAAACCCUAACCAAGAAAAGCUCAGCAAAGCCAACUCCAGCCUCCUCGGCUCGGGCCACGAAGCAGAGCCAGCAGAACAAAGAGGAGGAUGAUGACGAAGACGAAGACAACGUCGAUGUGGAGCUGGGGAAGUAUCCGGCGACCGGCGACCCUGUGAAAAUGGCGAAGAUGCAGGCUAUUUUAUCACGAUUCUCGGAGGAGCAGAUGAGUAGAUAUGAGUCUUUUCGGAGAGCUGGGUUUCAGAAAUCCAACAUGAAAAGGUUGCUAGCAAGCAUCAGUGGAACCCCGAAAAUAUCAGUGCCAAUGACUAUUGUAGUUUCAGGGAUAGCAAAGAUGUUUGUUGGUGAACUUGUUGAAACAGCCAGAAUGGUUAUGUCAGAGAGGAGAGAAUCUGGACCAAUUCGACCAUGCCACAUUAGAGAAUCCUAUCGAAGAUUAAAGCUGGAAGGCAAAGUUCCCAAGAGAUCAGUCUCAAGGCUCUUCCGGUAGAUGGACCAGAUCAAAAUUCUGUACUAAUUGACAGUGUAGACCGUGUAGUCAUUGUUCUUCUCGUAAAGUCCUUCAUUAGACUCCCCCCAUCCCAUUUGAAGGCUUAUCCAUGUCAGGUGGCAUUAUUGGGAAGACUUUGAAUCAUUAGCCUAUGAGCAAAACAUGUGGAAUUGGUUUGAGCAUUCAUGAUUGACGACUGGGAAGACUUUAAAAUAUCAGUCCUGAGUUGAACAUUGUUGUUCAUCCUCGCUUCCUGCCUAUAAGUGAAGUAUUAUGACUUGGGUCAGGAUUCAAGAGCAAAAGGUCCUGAUCCCCUGGAGUAUACGUGACAGUUGAAGCAGGGACACCUAUUAGUAUUAUUGUUAGUUAGCUGUAACAAAUCAAAUAUUCUGAAGAUAGAGUCCAUUCUUACAAUGCUUUGACUAUGAUAUUUGGUGAACAUUGCUAAACGCGUUAUUUUAUUUUAAGCUAUUAGUAUGUAUGUUACCUUCUGCAA